GAAGUUGAACAAAAAAAUAAAUUUUCCUUUCACGUGUGGAGUUGAAGGGGUGGUGAACAGCCAAGCUUUGGACGGAUAAACAAAUUAGGAAAGAAUUGGCAGUGUCUCAGAAGUUAUUGUUUUCUUAUCAACGCUUUCAUCUGUUGGUUAGCAAUUCACAGAGACAGAGACAGAAGAGAUGGCCAGAAAUGUACUGGUUUCGGAGGAGAAAUCAGUGGCCAAGAGCGUCAAAGAAAUGUCCAUGGAUGGUGAUGAACCACCUUCAAAAUAUGUAGUCAACUUAAAUAGCUUUGGAUCCAACGAUUCUUCUACAGUCAUACCAAUACCCAUCAUUGAUGUAAGUCUCCUCUCAUCACAAGGGGAGCUAGAGAAGCUAAGAUCUUCUCUUAGUUCAGUUGGAUGCUUCCAGGCAAUUGGUCAUGGAAUGUCAAGUGCAUAUCUGGACAAAAUACGUGAAAUUGCAAAACAAUUUUUUGCACUUCCAGAAGACGAAAAGCAGAAGUAUGCCCGAGCUGUUAAUGAAUCUGAAGGGUAUGGGAAUGAUAGAAUAGUUUCAGACAAGCAGGUUCUUGACUGGUCCUAUCGCCUAACUCUUGGAGUGUUUCCCGAAGCAAAACGAAGGCUUUCUCUUUGGCCAAAAGAUCCUUCUGAUUUUAGUAAAAUGUUAGAGGAGUUUUCUACGAAAGUGAAAUCAAUGAUGGAUGAUCUCUUGAGAUGCAUGGCAAGGUCACUGGAUUUGGAAGAGGGUAGCUUCUUGGACCAGUUUGGGGAACAACCAAUAAUGUUCACAAGGGUCAACUUUUAUCCACGUUGUUCCAGGCCUGAUUUGGUUCUUGGAGUCAAACCUCAUACAGAUAGAUCAGGAAUCACAGUCCUAUUGCAAGACAAAGAGGUGGAAGGUCUUCAAGUUUUGAUAGAUGACAAAUGGACCAAUGUCCCCUCAUUACCUGAUGCGCUUGUUGUCAAUCUUGGCGAUCAAAUGCAGAUCAUGAGUAAUGGGAUAUUCAAGAGCAUAAUGCACAGGGUUGUGACAAACACAGAAAAGUUGAGGAUGUCUGUUGCAAUGUUUAAUGAGCCACAGCCAGAGAACGAGAUUGGACCUGUGGAAAGUCUGAUAGAUGAGACACGGCCGAGGUUAUACAGAAACGUUAAGAAUUAUGGUGACAUCAACUACAGGUGCUAUCAAGAGGGAAAGAUAGCAUUAGAGACGGUCAAAGUUACAGAUCAUUCUGAUCAGAAGUGAAAGUUUGAUGUUUGCAUUCCCAAUGACAAAAGUAGAAUUAACACAUUAAUGUUGCUGCUAAUAAGUCAACGUAUUAAAAGAGGUGGAAAGCAUGUUAGGCUUAGUUGCUGUGAAACCUAGUCAUAUAUUUCAAUGUAAAGUAAAAGAUUCGAAUUCUCAGCUGCAACCUACCAUUUAAAUUUGCUUAAUUGAAAUUAUUUUUAU